GUUGCCAGCCCACUUGCCCAGCCAUCCCCCCUGCGAGCCCACUCUCACCCACUCUCACCCAGCCAGCCCAGGCACAGGCCAGUGGCCCCACUGAUACCCAAGCCCACAGCUGUAACAGCCUAGCCACCCCUACAGCACACUGGCCCUCCCCCUGCUAGCCAACCCCUGCAGCCACUUGCCCCCCAGGAGCCCCGAGCAUGGCGGAGAGUGAAGCGGAGACCCCCAGCACCCCCUGUGAAUUUGAGAGCAAGUACUUUGAGUACAAUGGGAUCCGGUUGCCUCCCUUCUGCCGGGGAAAAAUGGAGGAAAUAUCAGAUUUCCCUGUCAGGAAGAAUGAUAUCUGGAUUGUCACCUACCCCAAAUCAGGUACCAGUUUACUGCAAGAGGUGGUGUAUCUGGUGAGCCAGGGAGCCGACCCGGAUGAAAUUGGACUUAUGAAUAUCGAUGAACAGCUUCCCGUUCUAGAGUAUCCUCAGCCGGGCCUCGACAUCAUUAAGGAACUGACAUCUCCUCGUCUUAUCAAGAGUCACCUCCCUUACCGAUUUCUCCCAUCAGAUUUACAUAAUGGUAACUCCAAGGUUAUAUAUAUGGCUCGUAACCCUAAAGACCUCGUAGUGUCCUACUAUCAGUUCCACCGCUCAUUAAGGACCAUGAGCUACCGAGGCACAUUCCAGGAAUUCUGCAGGAGAUUUAUGAAUGACAAGUUGGGGUACGGUUCAUGGUUUGAUCACGUGCAAGAGUUUUGGGACCAUCGCCUGGAUUCCAAUGUCCUGUUCCUCAAGUAUGAAGACAUGCACAAGGACCUAGGAACAAUGGUGGAGCAGCUCGUCAGGUUUCUGGGGGUGUCGUACGAUAAAGCCCAGUUAGAGUCCACGAUCGAGCACUGCCAUCUUCUCAUUGACCAGUGUUGCAACGCCGAGGCCCUGCCCAUAGGCAGAGGGCGGGUCGGCCUGUGGAAGGACAUUUUCACCGUAUCGAUGAAUGAGAAAUUCGACCUGGUGUACAAGCAGCGGAUGGGAAAGUCGGACCUCACCUUUGAAUUCAGCUUAUAGACUAAUAACAUGCAUGCCUAUAUAUAUAUUCCUAUACUGAGUAAAGCAACAUACCUUUCUGCACAAUAGGAAAUAGUCUGUGUUCUACCGGCGCCAAAGGCCGGGCCCAGCAAACUGCUGUAUUUACGUAUAUAAUCGCUGUUAACCCCUGCAGUGCCUGAGCAGUCUAGAACCUUCCGGGCCGCCCCGGCGCUGACAUAUUCCACUAACCCUCAUUUUCUGGAGAGGCCUGCAAGCACAUGAGUCAGUCGGCAAGAACGUGAUUGGUUGCUAUAAAUUCGCUGUCAAUGGCUUUGUGACGCAGUUCUCGGGGUGAUGUCCUGUACGUUAUUUUUUAGCGCUUUUCAAUUUAGAUAGAAAGAAUCUUUGAUAUUCCGUGGGGGGGCGGAAUGUGGGGGGGGGGGGCUGCGUUUAGAUCUCAGGGCUUUGUGGUUGUGUUGGUUUGUUUGGUCUUGUCAUGUUUGAAAUAAAAAAAAUAUCAUCUUAAA